AUGUUUUCAGAACAGUACGGCAAGAAGAACGGCGACAAGAUGAACAAGAAAAAGUCAAGGGACGAAAAAGAUCUCAAAUUCGAUAAUCUUGAGGACAAGCUUAGCGACGAAGUUUCAGCAAUGACUACGAAGGACAAGGACCGGAAAGUAGAAAAAUAUGCACCGGGAGUGCCAAAUGACAAAGUAAAGGCGCUAUCAAAAGGCAAAAGCAAGACACAAGCUACUUUAUCUGUAGUUAAAAAGGAAAAGCAUCUUUCGGAUAAUCGCAGCAACAGUCUAGAGAAACAACAACCUGGAGAAACUGUAAGCUUCGGGUUGUUUGAAGCAGCCAACGUAAUGUGCAACAUAGUGGAAAUUUCCAAAGACAGCACCAUGCACCGACGUUCCCAAGAAACUUAUGCUCAGCCAGCAAAUCCACAUCCGAAACCGGUCAAAUUGGGGAGUAAAACAAGUAUAACAUCUGCAUCUUCCCAAAGCGGUCCGUUUGCAAUGAUGAAAGAAAGCGAGAAGAAGAAGAAAAAGAGCCUAGAUGUAGAAGAUGACGAGUAA